AUGAGAGCAAUAUCUUUGCUUCGCAGUCGGAUGACGGCACUGGCAAAUCAGAUCCGUCCAACGAUAGCUGGUGGGAUUGAACGAAUGGCGGUGGUCUUACAAUGGGAGAAAAUUGAAGAGUACCAAGAUUCGAUGGAGCAGUUCUUUCUGAUGGAUAAGCUAUCUCUAAGACGAGAUGACCUUGUGGAUCAGGUGAACAGUAAUCUCGCGAAUGUAAGGGGGCACAUGGUAUUGACUGCUCAUAAGCGAGCAAGGCUCAUUGAGAAAGCAUUGCUCAGGCCGGAGAAGCGCUACUUUUCAUUCACUCCGUACGACAAGGGAAAGAACUUCAAAUGGCUACGACAAGGACUAAGCGCCUUUUUAUCGAUUGGAGGCUUCAUCGUUUCCUCCGGACGAAGCUGGUAUGCCAACUAUCAAUCCAAAGCCCUUUUCACAGCCAUCGAGAGUUUUGAACUUUUCAUGAAGAAGAGCGGUCUGGAGAAAGAGGUUUCUCAGACAGUCAAUUCUCAUUUGGCAGUGGACUUGAAACUGUUAAGUUCGAUCCAAUCGGAACUUUGGAAGAAUCGGUACCUUCCCAAUCAACCACAACCUCCAUCGUUGCGGAGGAAUGGGGGGAAGCAGUCGUGGAUCGAAGCAAAAAGAUACAUGAGCUACGCAACAGCUGCAUAUGGCCAGGCUAUGAUCCAUGCCGCUAAUGUCGAAGCUCGUGGGAAUUUCGAAUUUGAGCACGUUGGAAAAAUCCCAGCAGCAGCAGUGGCCAAGCACAUUUGUCUGAAAGAAGAAGAUAUUCAUUUGUUGGAUGUGGAUUAUAAUGGAGACGCCAAGCAUCUUCGGCACUUUGUCGCGAUUGACCAUGAAAAUAAGAAAGUUGUAUUGAGUAUCCGUGGUACCUUCAGUCCACAAGAGAUUGUCGUGGAUAUAUGUGCGUUCACCACCGACUUUUGUGGAGGCGAGGCCCAUUCGGAAAUGGCGUCCAUGAGCGAACGAGUUUGGGAGAAUGCUGGUCCCAUAAUUGUGAAACUAUUGGACGAGCAUCCUGGCUACGAAUUUAUUGUCACUGGGCACAGUCUUGGUGCUGGGACAGCCUGCCUGCUCACGGUUCUCGUCCAAUCCAAAAAGUUGGUAUCCGCUCCUACGAGAUGCUUUGCCUAUGCCAGUCCUCCCGUCUUCAGGCCAAUCGAUGCUGUUCCAGAUAUCAAUUCAAUCACAAACUUUGUACACAACAAUGACAUGGUGCCCUUUCUUUCUAUCUUUUCAGUUCGGAAUCUCUUGUCCCAACUGAGAAGUAUUCAGUCCUUUGCGUACUCGACAAUGUCCUACCAAAGUCGAUUUCGAAUGCUCAUGGGGUGGGAGAAACUGACACCUGCAAUCAUGAAACAUCACAAUGAAUGGAAACCGUUUGAAGUGGCCUUGACAGGUGCACCAGAACUGCAAGUUCCUGCUGCAAGAACAAUAUGGCUUCAGGAGAAGAGGGAAGGAUUCUACGAUUGGGAAUGCUUUACUCCAGAAGAAAUGCUACAGAACUAUUCAUAUGUCAGGGUCCAUCCCGAAAUGUUGACUGAUCACUUUGCUCCUAGCUACGAAUUUGCUUUUGAACAUCUUUGGUUGGAAGAUGUAGAGGAUUGA